AUGAUAGUCAAUUCUGGAAAUCUGAUAGUAAAUAUCCGAAAUGAUAUUAUGUCGAGAUAUGAAAAAAUUAGCUAAAUAGGUUAGGGCACAUUCGGGAAAGUUUACAAAGUGAAAAAUCAAGCCAAUGAAUUGAGAGCCUUAAAGAUAAUAGCGAAAAAAAACUUUACUAUAUAAAAUGAGAUUGAAAAUAUGAAAAAAUUAGACCAUCCAAACAUCAUGGCUGUUUAUGAAAUAGCUUAAGAUGAAUAGUUCUAUUAUAUUAUUAGUUAACUAUGUGAUGGGAUUGAAUUAUUUGAAGAAAUUCAUAGAAGAAUUAAGUCAAAUAAACCUUUCUCAGAAGAGGAGGUUAGAUUCAUAUUUAAACAAAUUCUAAGUGGCAUAGCAUAUGCACAUGAUAAAAAUAUAAUUCAUAGAGAUAUUAAACCAGAAAAUAUUUUAAUUGAUCCUACUGAUAAACAUAUUAAGAUAAUUGAUUGGGGUUUGAGUAAAGAUAUUACUAAUAUUGAUUUUAUCUAAUAAAAGAUAGGAACUAUAGAUUAUGCAGCACCAGAAGUUCUUUUAGAGAAAGGUUAUGAUAAAAAAUGUGAUUUAUGGUCUUGUGGUGUUAUUUUAUAUAUUUUAUUAUCUGGAGAAACUCCUUUUCCAGGUUAAAAUACAGAUGAGAUAGAGAAAAGAAUUAUUUCAUAAAGAUUUAAUAUGAAAUAAAAGAUUUGGAAAACAAUUUCAAAAGAAGCUAAAAAUUUAUUAAAAAAUUUAUUAUAAUAAAAUCCUUCAAAAAGAUUGAGUGCUUUAUAAGCAUUAGAGAGUGAAUGGAUAUAAAGAAAAAGUGAUGUAGGUUUAUAGGAAAUAUCUUUUUAAGAAAUGACAUUUAGGAUUUAACAUAUUUCAAAUUUUCGUUGUGAAAGCAAAUUGGUUUAGGCAACUUUACAUUUGAUGAUUUAAUAAAACUUAUCUUAAGAAUAAUAUAAAUAAUUAAGAAUAACAUUUUAGAAAUUAGAUAAAAAUGGGGAUGGUAAAUUAAGUAUGGAAGAAUUAAAGGAGUAUUGUUAAAAUGGGAUGGAUAUUAUGGAUUUAUUUAGUAGAAUAGACACUGAUAAGAAUGGUUUCAUAGAAUUUACUGAGUUUUUAACUGCUGCUGUCGAUAUGAAGAAAUUAGCUUCUGCGGAUUAACUUAAACAAGCUUUCUAAUUAUUAGAUUUAAAUGGGGAUGGUUAUUUAGAAAUUGAAGAGAUUAAAAAGAUUUUUAAUGGUAAAAUAUAAGUUUAAGAGGAAUAAUAAUGGGAUUAAUUACUUUUAGAAAUGGAUGAAAAUGGAGAUGGUAAGAUAUCAUUAAAGGAAUAUUAAGAAGCCAUUGCUAAAUUUAUUGAUUCUUAGAAGAAUUCUUCUGACAUUCAUUCUUCAAAUAGAUUUUAGGAAUUCGAACCAUAUAUUUCUAAAAAAGUAAAAGUCAAUGAAUCACCUUAUAAACUGAGAAAUAGAUAAUAAAAAUGA